GGGUUAUAUUUGGAUUUAAGUGAUUCUAUUAAAUCUUCGUUUGGCUAUUCUUUUCACAUUCAGGCAUUUGGGUUGGCCUUUGAUCCAUUAUAUACCCACAGCUUGGCUACGACUUGAUCAACUUUAUCUGGAGUUUCUCCGUAAAGAUGAAGUCUGGAGACGUAAGGAGAAUUGUUUUUUUAUUAGUUUUCAAAGAGAAAAUAAAACCAUACAACUGUGGGCCUUUGAGUUGCAGGGUUUCAGACUGAAACCCUAUCAUUAAGUUGGAAACCAGAGCUGCAGCAGCCAAGGAUAUAAACUGAUCAAGUGUUUGACCUGUCAUGGGAUCUCUGGAGGGUUUCCUUCUCUGGUCUUUUUGAAUAAAGGCUACAUCCUUGGAACGAGGCCCUGUGCUGCUUGGACAAAAGAAGAGUUAAAGACCCUCAUUUAUUGCCAGAUCCCCUUUAUUAUUCUCUUUUUUGUAACCACAGUGGAAACGAGAUGCUGCAGGAGGAAAACUUGGGAUUAUCUUUUUGUAUAUUUUACUGUUUAGAAUUAAUAGGAAACAAUAAUGUCUACCUACCGGUGCGCACAAAGAGGAGAGGUUUAUAUUUUCAGUGGAGCAGGGUUUGUGGAAUUUAAUCUCUACAGUUGUGUAGAUUCUAAACUGUUUUUUGGUAAAGGGUUUGUCCAAUAAUGGACAAACUCAAUGGUCUCCAAGAAAAGGCCCAAAUCUCAGGAGGUUAGGCAGUCGUUACUGAAGGGCCUUGGAAAGUGGUAGAAACAUGCAGCGAUAAUCACCAUGAGAGGCUGUCCUCUUCAGUGCCAUGGGCCAGCUCCCUUUGGACUUCUUGUUACUAUAGAUCUGUUCACCGUUUGUCAUAAACAAUAAGCCUCGCGGUCCCAUUCAAGUCGAACUUUUCUGCCUUCGACAUUUCCUGACGAGCGUGAACGCAUCAAAAGGUUUUCUAAAAGGUCCUAUGUGGUGUUGUGAACGUCGUCGUGUGCUUGGUGAAGAUGAGUGUUGCCAUGGUGAUUAUUACUGGUCUCGCUGUUGGAGUACAAGGAACAUUUUCUGUCUUGAAUGCAGCUGAAAAUAUGGAGUGUGCUUGAACGGCAGAUUACAAGUCAAAGAUGCGUUUAAGUCAAACAAGAUAAAAAAAAAAUAAAAACAAUGGAAACCGAUGGAGUCCCUGUUGACAGGUCCUCUGGGACCCAAUGCCUUAGUCUGGCUGAGGAGGAGAUAAAGAAAGAGCCGGAUGUGGUAGAGGGGAUGGACGCUUCUCUGCGAUCGAAAGCCCCUGAUGCACCAGGUUCAGCAGAACGAUCAGCAGCACCACAGAAGCGAAAGGUGUCAAGUCCCACCCAUUCCUCCAAUGGACACUCUCCCUCAGACACCUCCCCCAGCCCCCUUAAAAAAAAGAAAAAGCCAGGGGCUGUGAACGCUAACAACAAAGACCAGUCAGAGCUAAGACAUGGUCCCUUUUACUAUAUGAAGCAGCCAGCACUCACCACAGACCCUGUUGAUGUUGUACCGCAGGACGGCAGGAAUGACUUCUACUGCUGGCUGUGCCACCGCGAGGGUCAGGUGCUCUGCUGUGAGCUCUGCCCCAGGGUGUACCACGCCAAGUGCCUCAAACUACCAGCCGAGCCCGAGGGCGACUGGUUCUGUCCAGAGUGUGAGAAAAUAACAGUUGCUGAGUGCAUUGAAACCCAGAGCAAAGCAAUGACAAUGCUAACAAUAGACCAGCUCUCCUACUUGCUGAAAUUUGCACUCCAAAAAAUCAAACAGCCUGGGACGGAGCCGUUUCAGAAGCCCGUGUCUCUGGAACAGCACCCAGAUUAUGCGGAGUACAUCUUCCACCCCAUGGACCUUAGUACUAUAGAAAAGAAUGUCAAAAAGAAAAUGUAUGGCUGCACCGAGGCUUUUCUUGCUGAUAUGAAAUGGAUCUUACACAACUGCAUCAUCUAUAAUGGAGGUAAUCAUAAAUUAACAACAACUGCAAAAGUCAUUGUCAAGAUCUGUGAACAUGAGAUGAAUGAGAUUGAGGUUUGUCCAGAGUGCUACCUGUCUUCUUGCCAAAAAAGGGAUAACUGGUUUUGUGAGCCAUGUAGUCAGCCUCACCCUCUGGUUUGGGCUAAGCUGAAGGGCUUUCCUUUUUGGCCAGCAAAAGCACUUCGUGAAAAGGAUGGGCAAGUAGACGCACGCUUCUUUGGGCAACAUGAUCGCGCCUGGGUUCCUAUCAACAACUGCUACUUAAUGUCCAAAGAGAUCCCUUUCUCUGUAAAGAAAACAAAGAGCAUUUUCAACAGCGCCAUGCAAGAGAUGGAGGUCUACGUGGAAAAUAUCCGCAAGAAAUUCGGCGUCUUUAACUACGCACCCUUCCGCACUCCCUACACUCCCAACAACCAGCUACAGAUGCUGGUGGACCCCAACAACCCCAGUGCUGGGACGGUGAAAACGGAGAAGCCAGACAAGCUCCGCUUUAACUUUGAUAUGACUUCUUCUCCCAAGAUGAUCCUCAGCAAGAGUUCCACACCCAGUGGGAUGAGGCGGCGGGCCUCAAUGACGGAAAUGCCUCGGUCUCCUAUGAGCACCAACUCUUCAGUUCACACAGGGUCCGAUGGGGAGCAAGAAGCUGAGAAGACGAGCAGGAACCCUGCCUUACACUACAGCACUGGAGAGGAAUCGAUGGACUGCACUGCAUCUCCUGUGUCAGGGAAGGCUGGUCCAGGUGCCAGUGUGGGCAGCAGUCCAAAGCCCAUAAACUCUGCACUGGUGCCCAAGCAGGAGAGAACUGCAGCGACAGGAGGCAUUCUUAACCUCAACCUUGAUCGUGUGAAGGCUGAAAUGGACCUGAAGGAGCUAAGUGAGACUGUGCAGCAGCAGCAGCAACAGCAAGCAACCCCACCUACCGUCACCACUCCAAAGAGGCCCAUCAGGAGUCUUGACAAGACCAUAGAAAGCUGCAAAGCACAGCUGGGUAUUAAUGAGAUUUCUGAAGAGGUGUAUAAAGAUGUGGACCACAGUGACUCUGAGGACUCAGAGAAAUCUGACUCCAGCGACAGCGAAUAUCUCAGCGAUGAAGAACAUCGGUCGAAGAAUUCUGCACCGGAUGACAAGGAUAAGGCAGAAAGAAAAAGGUCAAAAGCGAGCACAGAGGGUGAGGGUAAGGAAGGAGUACCAGCGACGCCGGAUAAAGCCGCCACCGCCGCAGAGCCUCCGCUCAAAGAGAAGCCGGGCUGCAACGGCCCAGACCGGGAUCUGCAGGACAAGCCCAGGACUCCUCAGUCUCAACCCGUCACGGAAAAGUCUAAACCACCAGAGGAGAGCAAAACAGCUGCUGCAUCAGCUGAACAGGACUCUGACUCUGAGCGGGAGCUCGUCAUUGAUCUGGGGGACGAACAUGGAGGACGGGACUCGAAGAGGGCAAGAAGAGAGCCAAGCUCCUCUUCUGCCAAAGCUGUCAAAGAGUCCAAUGCUGCCAAGGUGGAAGGUAAGAUGCCUUCAUCCGCUGCAUCAAGUACACCGACACGAGAAGCUGCCUCCAACCUGAAAGACUCCUUGCAGCCUUCUAUCACAGCAGCACUCAACCUUGUUUCCAGCGCAGCGUCCGGUCAGCCCAGUACCUCGACAACCACCGGCGGAACUACCAGUGCUCCUUCUUCUAGCUCCACGACAUCCACAGCACCCACAAAUGUAAAAAAACAGCGGCCGCUGCUGCCUAAAGAUACAGCAGCUCAGGCUGUGCAGCGGGCGGUUGUUUGGAGUCCCACCAAGUUUCAGACAUCAUCGCAGAAAUGGCACAUGCAGAAGGUUCAGAGGCAGCAGAACGAAGAGCAGUCGGCCGUCCAGACGCAGGGUCAGGGUCAGGCGCGCAGCCAGCAGCCGCAGUCACAGCAGAACUCCUCCAGCACUCGCUAUCAGACCAGACAAGCAGCUAAAGUGCAACAAAAAGACCCAGCUCAGAGUUCGACCUCAUCGACAGCGGGACAGGUCACGUCUGCUGCCUCGUCAUUGGUGUCAGCAGACUUGCAGAUCCCGACGGUCUCAGCAGACGUAGCCGCAGACAUAGCCAAAUACACAAACAAAAUUAUGGACACAAUAAAGGGCACAAUGACUGAAAUCUACAACGAUCUUUCUAAAAGUACAUCCGGAAACACAAUUGCAGAGAUUCGACGGCUGAGGAUAGAGAUCGAAAAACUCCAGUGGCUUCAUCAGCAGGAGUUAUCAGAGAUGAAGCACAAUCUGGAGCUGACAAUGGCGGAGAUGAGGCAGAGUCUGGAGCAGGAAAGGGAACGUUUGGUGGCCGAGGUGAAAAAGCAGAUGGAGCUGGAAAAGCAGCAGGCGGUGGACGAGACAAAAAAGAAACAGUGGUGCGCUAACUGCAGGAAGGAGGCCAUCUUCUACUGCUGCUGGAAUACCAGUUACUGUGAUUACCCCUGCCAGCAAGCACACUGGCCUGAACACAUGAAGUCGUGUACACAGUCAGCCUCGGCAUCUCAACAGGAGCCGGAGGCAGAGCCCAGCUCGGAGCCGCCGGUCAAACCAUCAGGCCACUCCCCUGCGGUGCAGUCAGCCCCCCCAGCCACAGGCUCAAUAUCGGACAAAAGCAACUCUCCCACAUACACUGACAAAAGCAAGGACAGUUCUGCCGUCACUGUGACCUAACUGAUACACUACAGACACCUCGGUGCAGUGAAUGUGAGGCAGUCGGCCUCAGAGUUGGUGCUUCAAGCCCUGCACCUUGAUGACAAAUCACUUUUUUUUUUUUUCUUUUUUUUCUCUUUCUCUCUCUCCAUUCCCAUUUGUAUAUCUGCUCACUGGACUGUUUUUUUGGUUCACUUUUCAUUCUCAGUUUCCACAUCUGUGUUUUAAGUCAAUGAAUCAUGUGAAAGUAGUCUUUUUCGAGAUGUAAAAUGUUUUCAUACUGCCGUUCUGUGUUUAUUGCUCCGAUUGUAUCAUCCCAAAGGAUAAUCUCUUAAUUUUCUCUCUUUAAUGCUGCUCUACGGGACUUUGCUGCUGUUUUUAGUUUGAUUGUUCUCCAUAUUGCGAGACAAAACAUUUAAAACAGCCUUCAUCAUUUAUACACAACAAUUAUGGUGCCAUCACAGAUCUUGUGACUGAGAAGUUUUUUUUUGUUUUUGUUUUUUUUCUUUCUUUUUUUUUUUUUCUUUUGUUUUAAACUACACUUGCUUCAUGUUGAGUUGUGCAAGUUCAAACAAAACAUUUCAGUCCAUUUUGUCUGCUUCAUGUCAACGGUGGCGUUUUGGUCUCAUACCAGUUUUGUAUUGUAGUUCUGUGUUGUAUAGCCACACAUUUAAAAUAAAAAAAGGAGAUUUAUUAAAAAGACUAAAAAAUCUAAACUGUACAGUUUUUGUAAGAAGAUACCCGAACAAUAUUUAUAGUGUUACAUGUUUUUAUAGUAUUGUUUAUUGCAAUCACAUUUCUAUGUGUUUAAAAAAAGGUUAUUUGAAAUUAAACUUCUUCACAUGAAUGUCAGCUCUUAGUGAAGUCUUUGUGUAGCCAGUUACCCAAAGCAGAUGUAAAUCCAAUCAAAAAAAAAAGUGUCCAGCGGAGUAGACAUAAAUAUAAACAGCUUCUUCAGCCAUACAUUUCCUGUGAGCAUGUUUGUGUUGAGCUUUGUCUUGUUACUGUUUACAUAUUGUAAAUAGAAUAAAUGGACCUGUGAAGAAA